AUGACGUCUCGUCAAUACGGAUCCAACGAUGGCGGCGAAGCCUCAAGGAAUCGAUCCACUGUCUCAAGGAGCAGCGAGACCCCAACCCAGCAGGACGACAUUGAGAUGAAGAAGGCCCGGAAAAGGGAACAGGACCGCCUCUGCCAACGACGAAAGAGAGAAAAGGACCGCGAGAAUCUACGACGACUCGAAGCUCGACUGAAUGGAUUGCAAAACCCUGAUGAACCCAAGGUUGUCCUUGACCUGAUUUUACGCCAUGAACAGGAUCAGGAGAGACUGAACCGUCAAGCGGAACGAUUGCGUCAAAUCGAAUCUCUCAUCCGAACUUCUCUAAGCGACAUUGGCAACGAAGCAACAUCUUCGUCCACCCCAAAUGAGAGCGUUGUGGAUGCAAAGCCCGAUGUCAAAAAUGCUACCAGCUUACCAACGGCUCCUAUGCCUACGACUAUGCCUACGACAGAGGUACCCAUGUACACGACUGUGCAGACUGCACCUAUGCCGACAGCUACAACAACAUCGAUGGCUAUGCCCAUCAACAACCCUGCCUUGCUGGCAUCUCAAUACCCCAUGACAAUUCCUCUCAGCAUGCCUCCUCAACAAGCACAACCAAUCGUGUCAUCCUCGCCGCCUGAGCACCAGCAGCAGAUCAGCACUAUCACAGAUGCUAUGUCUGCAGUUCCAGGCACGGCGGCGGCCUAUACAGACGAAGCAUUCGACCAACACAUCAUCGUCAUGGUCAUGAUACACGGUUGGGACGCUGUCGCGGCUUACAUGCAGCUCGAUCCGCUGUGGAGUCUCUUACGGCAGAUUGAUGGAAGUGCCUGCUCACAGUGGAAGAAAGCGGACCGCAUGGUGGGCAUGCUGUCCUUCCGCCGCAUGAUGAAAGGUAUGGCUAUGGGUCCUCAAGCCAUGGCCAAUAUAGAGCCAAAAUUCAUGCGACCUCGCCCAUCUCAGAUUCACGUUCCUCACAUACCAAACGGCGAUUACUUUCCUUGGCCCGGUGUACGCGAGCGUUUCGUCUUUGAAGGCCACAAGUACGACAACGACACCUUCCUCGCACUCUUCAAUUCCAGCACGCGCUUUAUGUGGAACUCGGACUUCUCCGCAACAUUCUGUCAGAAUGACAAGCAGCUGUUCCAGUUCUCAGACGAACUGAUCAAGCGCUUCAACAACCUGAGCUGCUGGCGCAUUGACGCAUCUUUCAUCGCCGCAUAUCCGGAGUUCGCUGGAGACAUACCCACCUACAACUCUGUGCCCAAAAAGAUUGAUGACAAGUCCUUUGACGGGGAAUACUACUUCGGCAGCGACAACAGUGAUGGCGCCGUCUCACAUAAUGGCGUUGGUGCUCCCACUGGUCCCGAAGGUCAAUGGAUCUAUGACAAUGGAAGAUGGUACAUUGCAGGAGCUGUAAGAUGA